GCAGAACCUCGUAAAAAAAGGCUCUCUUGCCUCAUGUCCGGUGCCGAGGAGUACGCUUCGUCUGCGCACGGCACGGAGAAGGGUCGGGCCGUUGAGGCGAGCGAAGGCAUGGAUAUCCAAGUCUUCCUCGCCCCCAUGCAGACGGUCAUCGCAAACACGCGGAAUGGAGGAGGAUUGCCGUCGGAUUUGGGCAACUUUUCUCUCGAAUUCCAAGUUGAUGUUGCCGUCGACGACGACGAGCGUUUGAGUGACGACCUCGAGUAUGACGACACUGAAAUCGAGCGCAACACAAUCCUUAUUCCAGAUGAUCUGGAUGACUUGGGCGGCGAUGAUCUGGACGACGUAUUGUCAUCGAAAGGCAGACAAUCUGCCGUCUCCAGCGACGGCUGCGACAGUCUCAACGACAGCGACAGCGAUAUCGUGGGCAGUGACGUCGAGGGUGCAAACGAAGCAACGUCUGGGGAAUUCUUUGACGAAGCACGAGAUUCGUUCGACGCACGGGCAUUCGAAUCCGUAAUGAGCGAUUUGAACUUUGAGUUUGGCGACAGCACCAGUGCCGUCCAGCAACUUGCUGUCACGACCGAAGGCGAAGACUCCAUCGUACAUUCGCCGACUGUGAACAUCCCUCAUUCCACACAUCAUGCCAAUGUCGUUUUGUCCCCCGACGAUGAAGACAUUUACGACGCCGAAGCCGUUGAAGCCGCGACUUUAUCGUCGACGUCACUGCGCCGCCUGUCGAUCGAUCACUCGACUGCGUCUCUCCAGCAAGCAACAGGUGCCAUGUACAAGCUCAUUUGGGAAGAAGGCCUCCUCGGGUUGCGUCUCAUGAUGACUCCACUGUUCUUGCCGGCGGUGACAAAGAUCACAGGAAAAAGUUCUAUGCUUGGUAUCCACUUGGUUGAAGUCGGCGACUACCUCGUCAAGAUCGGCGACACGGAGACCCAUCGUAUGCCGUUCAAGGACGUGAUCAAUCUACUCAAGCAGGUAACUCGGCCGUGCCCGCUGUCGUUCCGUCGAGCUUCCGACGCCGCCACCCCACCCAUGGACGUCACAACGGGUGGUCCUGGAGCUUCGAAGAACUUUGCGUGGAAAUCGUCGAUUGCCAAGCGCAUUGCCGCCAGAAUCGAAGAACUUGCGGCCGAAGAACUCGCCAAGGAAUCCCAAGUACCUGCUGUCGAUAUAUCCAAAAAGUAUGCUGUUCACUGGGAAGAUGGACCGCUCGGUGUGAGCUUGGUUGCUAACAAGGAAGUUCCGUACCCCCAAGUGACUCGCAUUACCGGCAAGAAUCGAUCUGCUCAGGUGAAGGACAUCGUCCCUGGCCAUUACCUCGUUUCGAUCGGCAACUACGACACCGCGAGCGGCACAUUUAACGCCGCGAUCAAGCAACUGCACGACGUAAUCAAACCCGCUACGUUGUACUUCGCGCCCGAUUUACGUCAAGAGUCUAUCCGGCCCGAGUUGGACGAUCACGACGAGUAUGAUCAAGACUGGGAGAAGAAGCAACCGCUCGGAUUUACCUUGAAGCCGAUGUCGUACGGCACGGUCGUUGCAGACGUUGGUUUGGCCAAGACGGCCAAGGUCAAGCAGCAGCGUGGCGGCGACCCCACAAGCCCGACGGGCAACCCACUUGGCGGGUUCGGUGGAGGCAUCAAGGUGGGUGACGCGCUGAUUUGGGUCAACGAUGAAUGCGUUGAAAACAUGCCGUUCUACGACGCACUGAAAACGUUGCGGCAAGCCAAGCGUCCGCUUCAUCUUCGCUUUCGAUGCGAACAUGCUGCGAUCAAACGAAAAACGUCCCUGAAUCGACAGGGAGCUGCUCUGCCUCCGCCGCCCCCACCACCACUUGCGAAAGACUCGGUGCUGCCCCCGUCGUCCCCAAAGCGGAAAGAUCACGUCAAGAAGAUCGACCAAUCGACACCCCACGUGGCCCCGAUCCCGCUCUCGGCAAAACUCCAUGCCGCCCUCAAAGAUUCGUUACUGCCGUUUUCAAAAAAGAAUCAACCCACAGACAACGCGGCAGAUUCAGACUCGAACUCGAGGCGAAAAAAGAAAGACCGCAGUGGACAUUCUGGCGAUGUGAGGAGCAGUCUGGUGGGCGUGGCACCGCCUGUGCAGCCGCCUCCGUCGAACCCGCCAGGAGAAAAACCCCACCCCGCGCGAAGUUUCUGGCCGUCGUCGUCAAAAGAUAAAUCCGUGCCGUCGUCGUCCCCACCACAGUCGUCGUCCAUGGCAACGUCUCAAGCUGCAACACGGUCGACAGUCGCAGCCUCUCAAGUUCAACCCAAUGGCAGUAGCUCGCGACAUCACCAUCACCAGACGUCGUAUCACGUUGAACAACCCGCUCCGGUAUCGUUCCCGUCUCCUCAAAAGCACGCUGCUCGUACACAGUCUGCUGAGGGGCAUCCAUCGAGACACAUGCCCCCCCAACAGUCACCACCUUCGUCCGAAGGCAAUUCGCAUACAGAUCUUGCCCCGCAUCGAAGCCACCUACACCAUUCUAGGCACCACGACCAGCAUCACGUACCUUCACAGCCUCAUGAAGAUAGCUCCAAAGGCACUACUUCCACCACCACGAAGAAUCUUCCAUUUGAGUACGAAAUCACGUGGCGGGCUGGCGAAGAGCUCGGUGUGACAUUGAAGCCUCAUCCAGAGUCGCGACGCGCCGUCGUUGCUCGCGUCUCUGGGACCAACGAAAACGCAAAGCGAGUGGCCCUCGGCGAUGUUCUCUUGGGAGCGAACGGAAUCCCAUUGCCUCCACAGCAAAAGUUCAAAGAUACGUUGUCGCAGCUGAGUACAAUGCCGAAACCAACCGUCUUGCGCUUUUUACGCCCGUCUCGCCCAGUCUUUCCCACCAGCAACCGCCGAGAACACCAUGGUUCUUCGUCCACGACCCCCGCCGCCGCCCUCCCUUCCCCCGAUCGCCUCCACCAUUCCUUCUACGAACUGGAGUGGCCGGAUAUGACUCGCCUCGGCCUCUUGUUUGCCCCUCACCCCGUGACAAAUGCGCCGCUCGUGUCGCGUCUCGAUCCUCUUGCCCUUGACGGAAGCGACCACCUGAAGCACGUCCAAGUCGGGGACGUCCUCGUUCAAUUGGGCUCCCUCGACCUUCGCGGGCUCAAGUUUGACAACUGCAUCACGGCGUUGACGGUUGUGACGCGGCCCGUUGUCAUGCGAUUCCGAAGAGGCAGCGCAAGUCCGUCGGCAGGUGCAUACUCGUCUCAAGUGCGUCCACAGCCGUAAUGGAACGGCACGCCUGAGAGAUUAUGAGGAUCGGAUGCCGUCGAUUGCUACCCCUCACACUUGUCCAGACGACGACUCCACUCCGUAUUUAGAUCCUACAAACAACAUUCAAACCAGCUCCUUGUUCAUCCUUAUCUGUCGUACAUUCAAUCCGAGUUCUGUCGUUGAUACAUCGCGUUGUCAAACUGCAGCGACAGAUCCACCUUGGUCGGUGCAGGAGGAUUAUUGUUUGCAGUGCGGCGCUGCGCUGGUCCACCUGCCGCGGUCGCGUUACCAGCGCCUCCUUGGAGGGGUUGCAACGACGGCAGGCCCCCGCGACUGCUCAACUCGACUGCCGGGGAUGCAGGUACCGCAGGACCUGACGCGGCAUGUCCUGAUCGACUGAAAAAACUCCACCCCGCGGUGGUCGUGGCGCUCGGCCCUUUCUCCAACAGGCGCUUUCGAACUGCCGCUUCUUUUUUCUUCGUUGCCACAUCGUCGUCAAACUUUUGGGCGAGCCGCUGCUUUUCUGUAAGCAGUUCCUGCUCGCUAAACUUGAUAUCUUGAUGGAUGUCCGUGAACGCCAGCACGUCGAUAAAGUUGUUCAUGAGGGGCCCUUUCACUUGGUUUGUCACGUCCGUGUUUUUUUCGCGCUCCAUACGGAGGAAAUCGUCAAUCUUGAACGCGUAGUGGUGCACGAUCGAGAAAACCAGCAUCUCGAGGCAAAUGGUGAAAUCGUUGACCGCCGGCGAAAGCUCUUCCGACUCCCAGCAUCCAUGGUACGUGCACGUCGUCGGGUUCGAUUCGUCGGUGCAGUGAACGUCUGUGCAUCGAAUGUGCCAGUUCUCGUUGAUCACGCCAAAGCGGGCGAGCCACCCGAUGACAAGACUUUGCCAGAACGUAAAGAAAAUGAUCAUUUUCACGGCCAAAAACUUGGGCAGUGGCCGCAUCGGACGCAGUUCGUCUGAGCAUCCAUGGUAGAACAGCACGAGGCAGUACAGCGCCCACGUCUGGGAUACGGUGAGGAGCAGUGUCAACCACGGGUACAUCUUGGUUGGGUCCGUAUAGAUGCCUUCACCAUAGAAUCCAAAGAUGGAACUGACGAACGUCAUGACUGUGAUAAAGAUCUUGCAUGGAAUAUACUGAAGGAUCCCAAUCGAGUUGUUGCGGACGAACGCGGGGCCCAUUUUCCACGUGCUCAUGCAGUACUGGAACCCCAUCAUGUGCUUUGCCUCGUGCUUCUUGCUGCGUAGCUUCUGUGCCAGGACCUCUUGGCCACCGAGGAAGUCGAUCAUGAAGUAGUAGAAGGAAUGGAGCGCGAAACCUUCGUAGAAGUCGCGGAUGGUCUCAAAGUACAGUUUUUGCUCGGGAAUGGUGAGUGCCAGGUACGACGUGACAGCGUAAAGCGGCACCAUGAGCAACAUGCGAAUCACGUACUUGCGAAUCCCGGCUUGAGGGUUGUACAGCAAGUGCGUCCACACAUCCCAUCCACUCAGGAGAACCGUGAGCAGCGUCAUCGCGGCCGAGAUGGCGAAGGCCAGCGUUAGGAGUUCCAUCCUUACUUGUUGCUGACUUCCGC